AUGUCGCCAUCUGCAACAUCCAACGGGACUACCAACGGUGCCACAAAUGGUGCCCACUCUGUCCUUGACUGGCACAGCUUCUGCAAUGUCAUCGAUGGCAAACUCACCACGACGGAGAAGACUCGAACGGGAAUCAAUCCUGCGACCUCCGAGCCCAAUGAUCCUGUCCCAGUCUCGACUCCAGAAGACGUCGAUCGAGCUGUCGCUGCCGCGGAGAAAGCAUUCCCGAGCUGGGCAGACACGCCUUACGGCGAGCGCAGAAAGGCCGUUAACGCCUUUGCUGAUGCGCUUGAGGGUGAGAAGGAGAACUUCGCGAAGCUCUUGGUGAAGGAGCAGGGCAAGCCACUCCACUUUGCGCGUUUCGAGAUCGACUUUACCUUGCAGAUCAUGCGCACAGUGACCUCUUUCGACCUACCUACUGAAGAGAUCGUGAACGAGCCAGACAGGCGAGUCCUUGUGCGCUAUGUGCCGCUUGGCCCCACGGUCGGCAUUGUUCCCUGGAACUAUCCCAUUCUCCUUGCGUGUGGUAAGAUCGCCCCAGCCCUACUUACGGGCAACACCAUCAUAAUCAAACCCUCUCCGUUCACGCCGUGCGGAGAUCUGAAGCUGUGUGAGCUUGGGCAGCGCUUCUUCCCACCCGGAGUAUUGCAGUGCCUGUCAGGCGAUGACAAUCUUGGUCCCUGGAUGACUGCACAUCCUGGUCCGCGCAAGAUCAGCUUCACGGGCAGCUCUGCGACAGGGAAGAAAGUCAUGGCUUCGGCUUCUGCGACACUCAAGCGAGUCACGCUUGAGCUUGGCGGAAACGACCCAGCCAUCGUGCUGGAUGAUGUGGACGUUGAGCAAGUAGCACCGAAGAUUGCCACUCUGGCUUUCCUGAACAGUGGCCAGAUUUGUCUUGCGCUAAAGCGAAUUUUUGUGCAGGAGGGAAUCUAUGACAAGUUCAGGGACGCAAUGGUCCGAUAUACCCAGACCCUGAAGAUGGGCGAGGGCAAUGAAGAUGGGGUCUUCCUUGGGCCCAUCCAGAACAGUAUGCAGUACGAGAGGGUGAAGGGGUUCUUUGCAGAGAUCGAGCAGCAAGAGCAGAAGGUGGCUGUGGGGGGCAAGAAUCCGGAUGGGAAGGGGUACUUUAUCACGCCUACCAUCCUUGAGAAUCCGAAGGACGAGAGUAGGAUUGUGACAGAGGAGCCAUUUGGGCCUAUCGUGCCCCUUCUGCAGUUCACAACCGAAGAGGAAGCAGUCGCGCGUGCGAACAAGACGAAUCUUGGACUGGGAGCUUCGGUUUGGUCCGGCAACGUCGAGCGUGCCAACAAAUUGGCGGCCAAGUUGGAAGCGGGCAAUGUUUGGGUCAACACCCACUUCGAGCUGGAUCCCAGGGCGCCGUUUGGUGGACACAAGGAGAGUGGAAUUGGUCUCGAGUUUGGUAUGGGAGGCUUGAAAGGCUGGUGCAACAGCCAAACAUUGUACCUGAGGAAGUGA